UUUGUGCCUGUGCGCAUGUAUUUGUGAGAUCAUUGCACACAUUUACAUAUGUGUACAUUGUGUUCUUGUAUGUAUAAGAGCAUUAAUUGUUGGAGGAUCACAUGUGGCCAUGUCAUAGCACAUAUGAGUGCAUGCCUCUUCACCAAGUUAUGUAUGUGUCUGGGUUUUGUUUUCACCACCCAGGUUUCCCUGGUGGUGAACGUGGCUAGUGAGUGCGGCUUCACAGACCAGCACUACCGGGCCUUGCAGCAGCUCCAGCGGGACCUGGGGCCCCACCACUUCAAUGUACUUGCCUUCCCCUGCAACCAGUUUGGCCAGCAGGAGCCUGACAGCAAUAAGGAGAUUGAGAGCUUCGCCCGCCACACCUACAGUGUCUCUUUCCCCAUGUUUAGCAAGGUUGCAGUCAUUGGCACUGGUGCCCACCCUGCCUUCAAGUAUCUGACACAGACUUCUGGGAAGGAGCCCACAUGGAACUUCUGGAAGUAC